UCAGGAUACAGUGAGAGCUGAGACCAACCAAGAAACAACUUAAAAGCAAACUUAAAGCAUCUUUAAGAACACGUUCAGUAGUUAUAUAUUUAAUGAAUGAGACCAGGAAGUGUUUUUCCUACGGAUUCUACUGUUGAAGAAUAGAUAGUUUUUAUUUAUUUUUUAAGAUGGCUUCUUCUUACUCCUCCACCUCUUCCUCUCUGGCUCCUUUCAUUCUCCUCAUCCUCUUCUCUCUGUCACUGAGUGUGACGUGUCGACCAUCGCCAAGGAAACAUGACACACAGGUAUUGCAGGAUAUAUUUGGUACCCAGCUCCAAACUCUGAUCAUCAACCAAUCAGACGUUAUGUCCGAAGGUUCCGCUUUUGGGUCCUCCCCUUCCUCACAACCUUCUUCCCAGGGAUUGGCUGGUCGUGGCAAGGGGGCAGGGCCUGUAGUCCCUCGGUUGUUCCUUGACUUCCUGCGGCAGCAGAGGGUGUUCCGGGGGCGGAGCAGAAAGAGCGCCACCGCCAGAGGAUGCUUCGGCAUGAAGGUGGACCGGAUUGGAUCCAUCAGUGGCCUGGGUUGCUGAUUGGUGUUUAAUCAGCUACAGUGAACUAUGAACUCUGACUGAAGGGUUAAUUUCCUUUACCUCUGACCCCAUGUGACCUCCAGGUGUUCUGAGGCUUCACAUGAGAACUGAUACUAAUGACCUCUGACCUCUAACCCUUGAACUGUGCAUGUGUAUAGAAUGUGUGUGUUACCUGACAUGACUUCUGUUAUGUUGUACUGAUAUGACAGAUAUUCUGCUGUAUAGUGUGUUUGUGUGUAAGUGUCUGUGUUGUGUGUUUCCAUGUUAUUGUCUUGAUGUAUAACCUGACAGGGCUCCUGUUGUGUAAACAUUUAUAUAUGAAACUGAGACCAACAUGUGCCAAACAUGUAAUUAUGUCCCCUGUAAAGCACAGCCUGUAACACGCUACAUGCGGACGUGUCUAAAUGUUGUAUUUAUUCUCAUUAGACAGACAAGGUUUUUUGGAUUUGUCUGUUUCUCUCUCCACACAUCUCUGGCCAUAUCGUCCUGUACCAAUCUGCCAACAUAUACACACUUUAUAGUCACACACAAUAUCAGUUCAAU